GAAGAUCCGGCCGCAUGUGGACGACUUCCUGUUUUCGUUCCGCAUCACGCUACUGUAAUGAAAGAUGGGGCUGUGUGGGUGCAGAACAGCUGAGCUAUAAAAUUCAGUCUUUGUCUGCGUCGUUUUCAGGAUGACCGAGAAGAGUCAAGACCCGCUCAGUUUCUUUGCAGCUUACGGCAGCAGCUCGGAGUCCGACAGCGAAUCCGAUUGUGAACAGGGAGCCCAGGCUGCCGGCCGGACACGCCAGCGAAGUGCGCCUCAGCAGGGGGAUACACGAGCUGUCGGCGGGGCGGUGGCUUUGCCCAAACCUGAUGAUCUAUUUAGAUCCAUUUCUAAGCCGUCGUUCCUGUACAAUCCGCUCAAUAAGCAAAUCGACUGGGAAAGCCGUACCGUGAAAGCACCGGAAGAACCAGCAAAGGAAUUUAAACCGUGGAAGACCAACGCCGUCCCUCCACCGCAGUCUUAUGCCACGCAGGAGAAGAGCGCCCCCCCUGGCCGGGACAUGGCAGUAAAAUGGUCCAAUAUGUAUGAGGACAACGGGGACGACGCCCCCCAGCCGGCGGGAGCGCGCGUGCACUUCUUGCCCGAAGGCGAGGAGCUGACCGAUUCCGAUGAGGACAAGCACAGUCCGUCUGCUAAAAAGCGGAAGGUGGAGAGCUUCCAGCAGAAGGAGAAGAGGAAGCGUGAGGUGGGACAGGCCAGCUCGGAGAAGAGCUUUGUGGAGGAGGAGAAGAGGAUUCUCCGGCAGAGCUUCCAGUCAUAGUGCCUUUGUCCACGGGAUUGCGGGACAGGGGACUGUCCCUGUGCUGCAGGAUACAGGAUGGGGGACUGUCCCUGUUUCUGUGGGAUACAGGAUGGGGGACUGUCCCUGUGCUGGAGCCGAACUACUGCUCUCUAGGUUCUUAGGAUUUACUCACUGGCACUGUGGUGAUGCAGUUAACAUAAGGAAAUCUGCUUUCUGCUUUUGUGGACAUUGUUUUGAGAAGUAAGAAGUAAAAAAGUAAAGACACGUGUGAUGUCUUUUAUAAUUUUUAUGUGUAAUAAACAGGUUGGUAACUGUGUGUGUAGAACAUUUAUUGAUCAUAAUUGUAAUUUGAAUCCAGGAUUAGUUUGUGCACAGUCAUGUACUGUGUUGUAUAAAUCGCUGGGUCUUGGGCAGAUCCCCCUGUAGCCAGGCACCCACAAGCAAGGAUCACCUGAGUGCACACAGCAGGUUAACAGAGAGUAUUUGUGCGUGGGUGUAAUUGUAAUAGCACAUUUCCUUUGAAGCAUCACUUGCAAAAUGUGAGAGGUAAAUUCAGUUCAUUAUGGAAAUCCAAGUUGUAUUAAUUUCAUGGCUUUGCAUUUUUUUUAAAAAAGGCAGUUAAAAAUGAGAUUCAAUAGAUAUGGAUGUUAACCACUGUAUGUAUACACAUUUGAAUAAUUUUUAACGAUGUCAGAUCUGUUGUUUGUGGAAAUUCCAUUAGGUGGCGAUAUUGGUUAGGGUUCUCAAUCUGAAACUACACAGUCCUAGUAAUCAUUUUCAAAUUAGUGAUGAAAUAAAAAUAAACAUAAAGAGUGUACCUUUCCUGCAGCUGGAAAACAUAAAAAAUGUUAAGAUUGGUGGGAAAUGUUGAACUUUUUCCUAAAGCAAAGCCUGAAUGUUUUACAUGGUUCUGUAAGAACAUAAGGAAGAUUUCAAAGUAAGUAAUUCAUAAAAUAAUUAAUAUUAUUUGCAGUCUAUUAAACUGUUUUGACCACAUUUGUUUCGCAGACAGGAUAUGGGAAAUUCCUGUCUCGUAAAUUCCCAAACAUAUGUUGUCUCCACUAAAUUUGGGGCUGCUUAUCUGAUCAGAUUGCCUCAGCUGUGAAGCCAAUGUCAAUAGAUCUUAAACCCCUCUAGCAAAUUAAAUAACAAUGGGUGCCAGAGUGGCUCUACCUACUUAGGAUAAGGAACUGUGGAAAAAAUAGCCUCCAAAUGCAUACAUAUGUCAUAGCAAAAGUAAAUAAAUAUUCUCAAUAUUACACACUAGUUUCUCUAAAUACAUUACCUCCUUCUUUCUCUGAGUGGAGACAAAUUUCCUAACCUUCAUGUUUUCUACUCAUCCACUUGUUUUCUAAGCUUUCGUCCAAUCCAGGAUUGAGAAGGAGCUGAAACCUAUCCUGACAAGCAACACCCUGAACAGGACCCCAGUCCAUCACAGUGCACAGACACACACACGUGCACUCAUAACAGGGCCAAUUUCCCAGAAAUCAAUUAACUCAUCAGUAUGUGUUUGGAUGGAGGAAGUAUAAAUAGCAGAAUUUCUAUGCUUUUGCACACAAAUCUGACACUUGUAACACUUCUUUCUGAGAUGAACACAGUAAAUCCUGAUUAUUUUAUAAAUUACAUUUACAGUACAAUUAAAAUAGUACAAUAAUUGAGAUGGUGUUGGAGGCUCAAAGGUUUCAGAAAGCUAUUUGGAAAACAGUUUAAAUAUAUUCCAUUCUCUAGAGUCUGUCUCAUCAUAUCCCUCACCUAUAUACAAAAAUCUGUCACUAGAAUUAGUUAUAUUCUCAAAUCAAUUUUCCCGUACAUAUAAAUGCACGACAUUUAGACUUUUGUUUGUAGGGAAUAUUUAUCACUAUUAUCUUAACAGAGUUUAACUGAAAUGUUCUGAAGUAUUUCUGUUUGCAAAAUACUCUGACAUAAUCAACUGCAAUUAGCUCAGCCCAUUUGAAAACUGUUUUCAGAGAUCAAGUUCCAUAACAGACAUCAGAUAACAACAGUGCUGUUCAUGCAGAAAGGUUUAGUUUUUUUCCAGUCCAGUAGAGAGGAACGUCUAAUGUGUGAUGAUUCAGGGGUGACAGAUGACUGUUGUCAAUGUUCACAUGUCUGUAAAGGCCAAGAGCUGUUCAUUCAGUGAGUGACCUGGCAGAGUGGGGAGGCUCUGAACUGUCUUACUGUUACAGGAACUGAGUGAAAAUUGACUGUAGGUGUAGUUGAACUGAUACAGUGUCAUGAUGGAAGGGUUUGCCUCCAUAAUUCCGCAGUGCUGUAUUGGGUAUUCACUGAGUUAGCUGAGUGUGUCGGAACAUCCCUUGGCUGUUCUAGGCUGUUUUUGCAUGCAUGUUAAGGAAGAUUAUAUAAGCUUGUCCCUACACCAUGCCACACAGCAUAAUCUUCAGCUUCUCCUUCCAGCAGCCUGACAUCUUGCAAUGCCACUGCCUUUUCUCACUCCUCACUUAUCAGUCCUGUGGCUGCUUUUCAACAAAACUUCCCAUUUGCUUAAUUAAACCAACUUCAAUUUAA